GCAAGAUGAAGGACGGUCAACAGCGGGCGCGCUCACCGAUGGACGCUUUAGGUGGCGGGGAUCUGCUGGGAACACCCGCCCCCCGUAUUUUAACCCCAUGAGGUCCUCGGACGGCUAAGGCAGGACUUUGUGCUCCGCAUAGUCAAUAUCCACGGUUCCUGUCCGACGCUAUACGGGUGGAGCCUUCAACCGUUACGCUACACGCAGUCUACGGAGAUGAUGGACCCCUUCACACCGAGUCCAACACCUCCACUACCCAUGCGCAAUCCGAACCAUCGAUAUCCGCAUGGGGCUCCUCCACCUCUCCCUCCACUGCCAGACUCUGGAAGCAAACUGGAGCUCGUACCAAAGCCGCUCUUCGCCAGGAAGAGGAGACUGCCACCGAACGCAAUCCAGGUCACAAUCCACGAAAUCCCACGACUUCCAUCGCCAUCGAAGGGAGACACCCCGUCCUCGCCAACAACAUCAUUUCGGUCCUCUGGCUCCACCGUCUCCUCUUCCUCCUCUCCACCAACAUCAGUGCCCAGCUCACCUACCUCACGCCCGAGGUCUUUUACGUACUCUUUCCCGCCACCGGAUGUAGCGAAUUGGGGGAACGAAUGGGAGCCAUUUUACGUCCCAAAGCACUCACUGAGAAGGAAGCCAAGCCCGAAGAGAGAUACAUUAAGAAGCCUGAGGGCGAAGGAAUCGGAGGCCUGUCUGCAGCGGGUUUAUGACCAGCAACUGGAGGCGUACUUGAAUGGAAGUAUUUUUCCACGCGCGAAGAGGAAGGAUGAUCUGGGCAUUUUGGAGGAGGAGUGAAAAGAAAGGGACGAAGAGCGUUGGGAGGAAGAAUUGAGGUGAUUACUAAUGACUAAUCCUCACGGAUUGCCAUGGAUGGAGAAGAUGAUACCCAUGGGCUGCGAUUCUUGGACGAGUCCAUGAAGUAGCCGUUCGCUUGUCCCUCUCAGGUCUUUACGACCCUGGGUUUGCGGUUUUGGGUAAUGGUUGCGGCUUCC